AUGUCCGGUAAACAUGUUGGUGAUAUGGUGUUCAUUCCUAGAAUGACUUUGGUACCGUCCAACUCUGCAUUGCCUAUUAAAUUCCAGCGACGUCAGUUUCCGCUGAUGGUAUCAUUCGCAAUGGCAAUAAAUAAAAGUCAAGGACAAACUCUUUCUCAUGUGGGCCUUUACUUGCCGAUACCAGUUUUCAGUCACGGACAACUCUAUGUCGCACUCUCGAGGGUUAAGAGUCGAAGUGGCAUAAAGAUUUUGAUUAACUCGGAAUCUGGUGAUACGACCAACGUUACAAAUAAUGUAGUAUACAAGGAAGUUUUUCAGCGAACUUGCUAUGGACUCCGCUCGCUAUAUUUCAUGAAGGUCGGUUGCAUUGUAUCGGAUUUGUUGCAUGGGUUUAGGGCGGUUGGCAUCAAACAAUUCAAGAAACAGGUCAGAGAGGCAAUGUUAGCAAAUGCAAGUUUUGUUUACCCUGAGAACACUCCAACAACUAAAGAGGGGUACUACUAUCGGUCUAUCUUCGAGCGAUUCUUUCCCAAGAAUGCAGCAAGAUCGACUGUGCCAGGUGGCCCAAGUGUGGCAUGCAGUACAGCAAAAGCUGUGGAAUGGGAUGCAGCAUGGUCCAAGAAUCUAGAUCCUUCCGGAAGAGCUGCCCUAGGCGUCCACGUGGCUGCAUACGAUGACGAGGCAAGUGAAGCUACUGCGAUAAAUGGCUCCCCCACAAAGGAGUAGAAAAGUUGUUUGAACAAUUGUUUUAUUAUUAUUAUCGAGGAUUCUGGAUUUAUUUCUCGUGUUAGCACAAUUUAUCAAGCGAUGGACAUCUUUUUUUUUUUUUUUUUAGAGUACAGGGGUUCGACUAUUUAUCGAAGUUUUUUCUUGUUAUAAAUUAAUGCUUUUUAAAUUAAUUGAAAUGAUAAUUAUAU